AUGUGUGAUAAAAAAUUCCUAGUUCACCCACCGUUACCAUCAUCAUCAUCGCAAGCUUCAACGUCCACGCUUCCGCCUACUACCACCACCAACCAGAACACCCACCUCCUCCACCAUCAGCAUCAACCACGCACCACCGCCGGCAAACACACCAUCAUCGAGCGUCGCAACCAGCGGGAACGCGUCCGUGUGCGUGCCGUGAACGAAGCCUUCGCUAGACUCCGCCAGGUGGUGCCAACGACUCGUUUCUCACCGAAGCGGGUGUCGAAAGUGAAAACGCUGAAGCGCGCGGUGGAAUACAUCGGUGAUCUGCAACGGCGCCUGGCCACCAUCGAGGGCAUGCUGCUGGUCGACUCAUCCAUCCUGCAGGUCCCAUCGUGCACGGCUGCUGGGUGGAAGGAGCGGCGGACAACAGAUAAUUGCAAACCGUUUGGAGCUUAGAAGUAAUUGUGGCUUAAAAUAUUGGUAAAUUAUAGACGCUUUUUGGGGAAUGUGCCUGCCUGGCCUAUCAUCCGGGGAGGGGCGAUUGAGGGAAGUUUGGGGAAAUUUGAGGAAAUGUAGAAGAUGGACCAGGCAAAAGCGAGGCAGAGUUUCUUCAAUCUUUCGGGCGGGUGCUUUUCUCCACAUUCUCCUCGCGCCAACGCCAGUCUGCUGCCUUCCUUUUAAUUUAAGGCUCCAAUUGGUUCUAGUCAUUUCUUAUGCUGCUGGCUGCUGUGUAUACUUUCCUUCUCGCUUUUGUUUUUCUCGCUGGUUCUGUGCUCCAUCUUUGAAAUGUGCUUCUUGAUCGUCUUUGGCGUGUGCUUCUUAAUAAAUUACUUUUCUAUUCCGUAAAAGUUGAUUAACCUGAGUUUCAUUUCUGCUCUUUUUGUUUUGAUCUACCUUCCUCGCUUGACUAGAGAUGGGGCUUUUAG